CUGCACGCAAGCUCCUCUCUCCUUCUCUACGUUGGUCAUGCAAGCGAUUUUAGGACGUGCUCCCGGGGAGGAGAGUUGUGUUGGCACUGCCAAGUUGAGAGAGAGAGAGAGAGAGAGAGAGAGAGAGAGAACGCGCUGGAGUGAAAAAGAAGUUUGUGUUCAAGCAGCUGUGGGAAUUCGGCAGAUGCCAGGCUCACUGCAGCAAGAGAGCUUUUUGGUGGUGAAUGAAGAUUCCAAUCGUCUGAUAUUCAUUAACAACACUGACAAGGAAGUGCAGGAAAGCUGCUUCACCUUUGAUGGAGUCUUCAGUCUGGAUACUGGUCAGGAUAAGCUAUUCUUGCAGCAGCUGCAGCCCCUGCUGGCCCUUCUGCCUCUUGGCUACAGCGUAUCCUUGCUGGUGUGUGAAGCCCAUCGCUAUGGACCCCAGGCACAACUCCAAGGCUUUGUCCAGAAGGUAAUAAAGGCUGUCUUUCAAGAAACCAGCCCUCCCAGAGAUGGUCCUCAACACCGUCAAACCAUCAGCUUUGUCCAGAUCUACACAGAUGGAACAGCCCAGGACUUGCUCAAUCCCAGAAGCCAAGCCCUGCAGGUGAUGGACAUUCCUCCACUAGGACUGGGAUUUCGCUGACCCAAGAUUGUUUGCAAAACAUUUUUCAGAAACAGGACAAAGCUGUGUAAGGACCACAGGAGAAAAAAUGCACUUGAGAAGGCAAGGGAGCAGCACACACCGCCAGCUCUGCACUGGAUUGUGAAGUUACCUGCUCACUGUUUGAAGUACAUUCCUGUGCAUACCUUGGAGGUCUUAUUCCCUCCAAAGGAGCAUAGUGUACAAAACACAUUUUUUUUUUUUUUAG